UGGGAGACUUACACUACACAGAGAUAAAAUGCGACAAGGUAAUGCUCUGGUUGCAAUGAAGACGGUUGUGUCUGCCUUCUACCUUCUGCCGGUCUGUGGGAUAAUACAAGUGCUGGAAGCGGAAAACAUCCCGAGCUGCACGCCAAGAAAAACAGUAACAUACCAGUCUGGAAAUCUAAAAAGUUUCUGGAAACGGGAGCUAUCCAAUUUUUCCACGCUCAUAGUGAGUGAAGAAACCGAUAUUUUGUAUGCAGGAGCCAAAAACUUCAUCCUUGCUCUCGACUUGAAUGAUGUCUCUAAGGAAUUAUCCAGGGAACCUUGGUUUUCUACAGAGGACAGACAGCUGGGAUGCCUCCGUAGAGGAAAGAGCAAAGCAGAGUGCCAGAAUUACAUUCUAAUCUUGCAUAAGAUAAAUGACACCAGCUUAUACGUGUGUGGAACAAACGCAUUUCAUCCAGUCUGCAGUUAUGUGGUCAUCGACAAUGAAAAGUUACAGCUGCGGGGAAAAGCUGUGGAAAGUCGAGGUAGCUGUCCGUUUGAACCCAAUCUGAAAUAUGCCUCUUUAAUGGUUGACGGUGCGCUUUAUUCAGCCACUUCCAACAACUUCUUGGGGACGGAGCCGAUUAUCCUUCGGAGUCUGAGGAAUCCUUUGAGGACGGAGUUCAAGGCCCAGUGGCUCAACGAGCCCACCUUCAUUCACAUGGCGCUGGUACAGGACAGCAGGAAAAGCGCGGACCGAAUUUACGUGUUCUUCACUGAAACUGCCGUUGAAUUUGAGUUCUAUGACAAGAUUCGGGUCUCGCGAGUGGCCCAGCUCUGCCCAAGCGAUCUUGGAGGCAGGCGUGUAUUGAAAAACAGAUGGACGUCGUUUUUAAAGUCCACCCUUGUUUGUUCUGUCCCUGAACUGGAUUUCCAGUUCAACGUCGUCCAGGACGUCUUAGCGCUCAAAGCUGCCGAGGAUGGGCACGAGACCAUCUUUUAUGGGAUUUUUACACAGCAGUGGGGAAAGCUGGACAUUUCGGCAGUUUGCGCCUUCAGCCUGGGAACCAUCCGAGACGUCUUUCUGAAAGGAAGCUACAAAGUCCCCCUCUCCUUGGACUGUUCCCACGUGAACUGGGUGCCGCACAGGGGAGAUGUGCCGUCCCCUCGCCCUGGCGGCUGCAUUGACGUUUCUGCCCACAAUCAGGGAUACAACUCUUCUCUCGACUUGCCGGAUCAAGUCCUGCAGUUUGCCAGAGACCAACCCCUACUGGACGACACUGUGACCCCGAUCGGCCGUCGGCCGGUGCUGCUGAAAAGAGGCACAAAAUAUACACGGCUCACGGUAGACCGAGCCGUUGGCUUGGAUAAUUCAUCGUACAACAUCCUUUUCCUAGGGACAGGCAACGGCUACUUGCAUAAGGCUCUCAGCUGCCACGGGGAGACGAUCAUCAUAGAAGAGAUACAGCUUUUCCCAUCCCCAGAGCCUGUGCAGACACUGAAGCUGGUUCCCAAAAAGGGCCUUUUGUACGCAGGGUCUGCCUCUCGGCUUGUGCAGCUUCCUGUGGCAACCUGCGCCCGGUAUCGGUGCUGCUUCGAUUGCGUCCUGGCCAGAGAUCCUUACUGCGCGUGGUCCUUGCCUCUUCGCAGCUGCGUCCACGCGGCCGGCCAGCCCCGGAGUUCACAGGAUUUGAUUCAGAGCCUCCGCAACGGCGAUGCCUCUCGGUGUCCUGAAGAGGGUAGGAGAACGGGUUUUUUUGCUUUCUGCAGCGGAGCGGGUGUGGGGGCGUGCCGAGCGAUUGCCGUGUGUCUAAAAGUUUGGUUCAGGUUAAUCACGGUGAAAGCAGCGUGA